GCUGAGGGCGAAGCGGAUUUGAUUAUUAUCGACCCGGUUGCUGGAAGGAAGGAAAGAAAAAAGAAAAACAACGUAUUUUCACUGCGGACUACUGCAGACUGCGGGUAGCAAGAACAUUCUCAGUCAGCCGCCAAGAAGGUGCGCACGGUGUGCAACUCCUAUCGAUCGGUGAAGCUCCAGCAGGGCAGUUUGGAAAAUACCAAAAGUGUUCACUCUGUGACGGAAAUUUUCGUAAAAGUCUCGUGCUACGAUGUCGUCGUUCAACAUGAAUGAAUUCAAUGAAAUCCUGGACAAGUGCCGUGACAAAUCGUCCCAAAAAGAACAGGACGAAACGUUGCUGCAACCGUUUUCGUACAUUCAACAAAUUCCUGGCAAGCAAGUCCGCUCAAAGCUGGCUCUCGCGAUUAAUCAUUGGCUAUCCAUUCCCAACGACAAGCUGGCGGCUAUAAGUGAAAUUGUACAGAUGCUGCACAAUUCUAGUCUGCUCAUCGACGAUAUUGAAGACAAUUCUAUACUCCGCAGAGGCAUUCCGGUGGCGCACAAAAUUUACGGCGUAGCGAGCACCAUCAACGCCGCCAAUUACGUCCUAUUUUUGGCUCUGGAAAAGGUGCAGCAACUGGGCCAUCCGGAUGCCACACGCGUAUACACGGAACAGCUGCUGGAGCUGCACCGUGGGCAGGGCAUGGAAAUCUACUGGCGGGAUAACUUCGCCUGCCCUACAGAGCAGGAGUACAAGCAAAUGACAAUCCGAAAGACGGGCGGAUUGUUCAUGCUGGCCAUUCGGUUGAUGCAGCUGUUCAGUGACAAUCGGAAAGAUUUCAGCAAGUUGACCGCGAUACUGGGACUGUACUUCCAGAUCCGAGAUGACUACUGCAACCUCAGCAUGAAGGAGUAUUCUGAAAACAAGAGCUACUGCGAAGAUCUCACUGAGGGAAAAUUCAGCUUCCCCAUCAUACACGCGGUUCAAACACAGAAAUACGAUAAGCAGGUUUUACAUAUUUUGCGCCAGCGGACGCGAGACGUCGAGGUAAAGCGUUAUUGCAUUUCGUUGCUCGAAAAGCUGGGCAGUUUCCAACACACUCGGAAUGUUCUUGACGCGCUUGAUCAAGAGGCCCGCAAAGAGGUGGAGAGUCUUGGACCAAAUCCAAUUAUGGAAGCACUGCUAAACGAUUUGCUCAGCUGGAAAAACAGCUCUGACAUAAAGGACGAUGAAGCAAAACAAUAAUGAGGAUGGAGCGGCAGUGGAGCAGAAUUUCACUGAAGAACUUGGCAACAAAAUAGGCCACAGAAGGAAAAUCCCAUCGGCAUGUGCCGACCCUACCUUUGCGGCAUGGUUAUGUACGAAAUUGACGCAAAACGAUCUGACAACAUAGCAGAGGCAAAUGCUGUAUCUCUGUGCAUUAGAGUAUUACGCUUUCGGGUUGAUCAUUUGUUUUUGUGAGCGACAAUAAUUAGAACAGCGUGAUGGUUUUAGGGAAGGUAGUGCGCAUCAUUCGAAUUACUGGUGUUCACUAUUAGAAUGUGAGGCUUUUCGAAUUAACGCUACAUAAUAAGUAUUAAAAUGCCUGGAGCGGAUAAGAUCCGUUCUCAUUACACGCUUACGAGCAGUUGUCGCGACAGAGUAUGGUUCAGAAGAAUUUUGUAGCAUCCAUUCCACCUUACGCUUGUAGAAUUUUAGCAAACGUCACCUAAUUUGGGACGGAUGGAAAACACAAGAAACAAAUUAAUACAAAUACCAAAGCUCCGUAAAGUCAUCCUGAGAAAAGUGCCCAUUUGGUACUUUAUAUGCUCAAUCGAUCUUCUAUUUGGCUCUCGUUUUAUCUGGCAUGCUGGUUGAAAAGAAAACAACCUUAUAUCGUAUUUCUUUCCUCGCAACGAUUCGCGAUAUUAGGCGCUUAUGUACAUAUAUAAGUUUAUUCGGUCUCGUGUACUGGUUCUGCUCCCGGAGUGCAGGCUUUACAUAUAUACCAGGUCCCGACGGUUGUACCACGCGGUUUAGGUGGUUGUUGCUCUGUUUCGACUAUGGCUUGUUAUGUUUUUUUCGUACUUGUGUCGUGUUGUAGGUUUUAUUGGCACAAUUUCAUGAAAUAGAUACUUAGACGAAGAGAGGAAAUGCAUUUAGAUUAGACCAUUUUGUAAGGCUGUUUUUUUUUUAAAUAAUUUGUGUAGAACCUGCUUGAAUUUGCCUCAACCACGAGUUAGUCCGAAAUAUACUAAGGAAGCGAGACACAAGGUGCCGCUCUUAUAGUAUGUUUUGUUUUCCGCUAGGGCGUUCUUUGCAAAUCAACUCGAAGCUCCCAGGUUAAGAUGCGUUACGAAUGUUAUCCCCGCAACUUAGACGAUCGCACUCCUUUUUAAGGCAUUUAUAUUGCAAAAGGCUAGAUAUUCUUGCUCACUAUUACGCCGUUCACGGUGAAUUUGAUGUAGCAACUAACUAAUCUACGGUAGAGCAGCGUUAGCGCGUAAAGUAGCAAAAGUCAUCGUCUUCCGGAAGAAUCGUUAAUCUUCUUAGGUAAUUGAAUAGACACAUUAAGCGGAAAAACUUAUAGGCAUGUUUUGCUUAAGAAUGUAGCGCAAACAUGAUCCAACCAGCGAGCCGUAGUCGCGUAUGUCUUACUCAUCAGAACGUGAUUGACAAUAAUUCACUCCUCCACGUUUGCGAAGGAAAUUUUAAACGUUUCAAAUUUACAAACUCUCCCCGUUCCCAUCGUUCCCUUAUUGCCAUAUCAACAGCUAAACGAGCUCUCGAACUGUAGAUGUAACGCAAUCGCUCAAAGGAUUUAACUAUUAGAUCGAUGCGCGUGCUAUAAUUAUACCGAAGCCCUACAGUAAAUCUAAAAUACAUGUUUAAAUAAUGCACUCGUGCUCCCGUUAACUGGUUUCAGUUAAGCUUUUUGGUAUCUUCAUUCACAUUUGCCAUUACUUCCGUUUUAUUUUUCAUGCUAUAUUUGCUUCGAUGUCGCAAUCAUCACUAUGCUCCGACGAGCGAACGCAUCGUAAACAGAGAAUACACUUUUAAACUGCUUACCUUUAACUUUAUGUAAGAAUUGGCUAUUAUUUCAACGUCGCUUCACCUUCCGCUGUAUAAUUUUGGAUUUGUUCAAUACAUACACACCCGAACUGUCCAUCAUCAGUGGUAAAUAUUCGUCUGCCGUUUCAAAAACCUACUACUCCUUUUCGACGACUCUCACAUCCCAUGUAUCACCGUUUCUGUUUUAUUUCGCUCUCCUUGAAGCGUUCUUUCGCUGACUAGGGUAUAAUUUUGCCUCCUUCAAAUCAUGCUUCUCUGCUAACGUUUAUCGAAAAUGCGCUAAUUGCAGUAGCUCUAUCCUAUUCUAUAAAAUUUCAAUAAUACAUACCGAUAUGAACCAUAUCAUGCGUCCCGUCGCCACUGGGAAGCUUAUUGUUAGUACGUUCGGAGCGAGAAAAACAAAAACAGGAUACUUUCGUCUUUACACCCAUGCAAAAUGCUAGGUUCGUACAAAGAAUCCGUAAAAAUGAUCGCAAGAGACGAAACGAAUAAAUGCAUAUC